UUUUUUUUUUUUUUUUGGUAAAGAUACUGGAAUGGUUUGCUUUUUUCUUCUCCAAUGUACCCAUUUUACAGAUGAGGAGCUAUGGCAAAUGGGUUAAGGGACAAGCCCAAGGUGGUCACACAACCAAUAAAUGUCUGAGGCCGCAUUUGAAUUUAGACCUUCCUGCCUCCAAACCCGGUGCUCUAUCUACUGUAUCACCUGGCUGCCCUGCCUGGCAUAUAAGUGCUUAAUGAAUGAUUUCUAAUACAUUGAUCAGUUUUCUCUUCUCUAAAACAAAGUGUCAGACUGGACUUCUUUUAAAGUCGCUUUUCCUCCAAAUCUAUGAUCUUACGGUCUUAUUAUGAACCCCCUUCCUUCCCCAGCUUUCUCCGGGCUCCCUACCGCCGGGUAGGAGAAGAAGGCGCAAGGAGGGUUGAGUUACAAGUUGGGAGCAGCUUCCUCCCUUCUUCUAAUUGGAGGAUGCGCAGUCUGUUAGCGUCCCGAAAUAAAGAAAGCAAUAAAUACCUGCGAAAGAAAAACGCACGUUUGAACACAAGGGGUUUUUGUUCCGGGGGGAUGGACUAAAAAGGAAGAAAAACAAAGAUCAGGGCGAGGUCCUCAGGGGGAUCCUCUCUCCCCCUUCUGCAAGAAAGGAGCUCUGGGUGGCAAUCAAACUCCUAGAUCGAGGGCUCCGCCCCAGGAUAUCUUGCAGCUGGGCUAGGAGAGAAGUUCCACGCGCCCACAGGACUGGAGCCUGGAAGGGCUUCACCGGGGGGCCGAUUUAACUGCAAACGCUUUGGAGAAACGCAGCGAAAGAGCCCAAAAAGGAUUCAAGAAAACCGAGACACUCCUGUGUGUCCAAGGGACUGGGGACGGCGGGGAGACGCGGCGGCUGGGGAGCUGGGAGAAGAAGCGAGCUUCGCAGGAGGCGCCGAGCGGCUCUCACCUGGGCGCCCUGCACCCACCUGGACUCGCCCACGCAGCCACACCUACACAGGCCGACACGCAGAAGAAACCGUACAUCCCACUCCUCACACACAGUCCCACCUACAGACGCCGUCACACGCCGCACACUCGCAUUCAUUAAGUCUGGCAGAUUGGCGGGCACGCGAGAACGCACGCCGGGGAGGAGAUGAAGAAGCAUCCCCUUUUGCUGUUGCUGCUGCUGCUUCUGUGGCCAUCACCUUCAUCCUCAGCAAGGAAGCUGAGAAGGCAAAGUGAAGGCUGGGGCCGCUGGGGAGAGUGGAGCCGAUGCAGCAGGACCUGCGGCGGGGGUGUCAGCUUCCAGGAGCGACACUGCUACUCCCAGAGGAAAGAUGGAAGCUCCAGCUGUAUUGGACCCACCCGAAAUUACCGUUCAUGUAACACAGAGAGCUGUCCUCAGGGUGCCCGGGAUUUCCGAGCUGAACAGUGUGCAGAAUUUGAUGGGAAGGAAUUCCAAGGAAAGAAAUACAAGUGGUUUCCAUAUUAUGGAGCUGCCAAUAAGUGUGAGCUGAACUGCAUUCCCAAGGGGGAGAACUUCUACUACAGACACAAGGAGGCUGUGGCGGAUGGGACCCCGUGUGAGCCGGGUAAACUCGAUGUCUGUGUGCAGGGCACUUGUCAGGCCGUUGGCUGUGACCACAUGCUUUACUCCUCCAAGAAGGAAGACAAAUGUCUGCAGUGUGGGGGUGAUGGCCGGACCUGUUAUCCAGUCAAAGGCAUUUUUGAGGCUAAUGACCUCUCCAAAGGUUACAAUCAGAUUUUGGUCAUUCCUGCAGGAGCCACCAGCAUCCAUAUUGCAGAAGCCGCAGCCAGCAGGAAUUUUCUGGCAGUGAAGAAUGUGCGGGGGGAGUACUAUCUGAAUGGCCACUGGACAAUCGAGUUUGCCCAGGCCCUGCCCGUGGCCAGCACCAUUCUUCAGUAUGAACGAGGGUCCGAGGGGGAUCUGGCACCCGAACACCUGCACGCCCGGGGACCGACUUCUGAGCCCCUGGUCAUUGAGCUUAUUAGCCAAGAGCCCAACCCAGGGGUGGAAUAUGAGUAUUACCUGCCCCACCAGCCCUUGAACACUGGUUUCAGCUGGAAUCACGGCUCAUGGAGUGACUGCAGUGCUGAGUGUGGAGGAGGCUAUCAGACACGCCUGGUAUUCUGUACCACCGACAAUGAGGUGUACCCUGAUCAUAUGUGCCGACAUAAGCCCCAGCCAUCUGACAAUCGCACUUGCAACCUUCAGGCCUGCCCACAAACCAAGCGGAUCUCAUACCUCCACCCGCCGGGAGUGUGGAGCCAUGGCCGAGCCCGAGGCAUGUGUGGGAAAAGCUGGAAGGCUGGGCCAUGGAGUGCCUGCUCAGCCCCAUGUGGAGGAGGUUCCCAGUCCCGCCAUGUCUACUGUGUUGUGUCUGAUGGGGCAGGCACAGAGGAGGCGACAGAUGAAGAGUCGUGUGCAGCUCUGCCAGGGAGACCCCCAAACACACGCUCCUGCAACCUGCACAGGUGUGCAGCAUGGAGCUCAGGGCCCUGGGGAGAGUGCUCUGCCAGCUGUGGGCCAGGAAUUCGAAGCCGGACUGUCACCUGUUGGGGUGAUGAAGGUGCUCCCCUCCAAGAUUUUGCCUGCUCCUCAGCAGACAAGCCCCUCCCGACUGAAGCCUGUAUGGGAGAGAACUGCCUUCUUCAGGAGCCCAGCUGGCAUAUCGGUGACUGGGGGCUGUGCUCUAAGAGCUGUGAUUCAGGCAUCCGGAAACGGCAAGUCAUUUGUGCUGACAGGGAAUCCAAUGUCUAUAACUCUGACAUCUGUCAGGCUCGCCAGCCCCAAAUGCCAGAUGAAUUGGAAGCUUGUAACACACAGUCCUGCCACCUGCCUCAAGAAGUCCCUAGCAUGCAGGAUGUCCAAGGCUAUGACACCAGUCGCCAGGACCCGCUGGCCCACUCGGACCUUCUGGAAGCCCCCUCCCAAGGUACUAGGGAGGAAUGGUGGAGACCCAGGAACCAGCCCACAGCCGAACGUUCCCCUGAGGCAGACAGGGCCGCUAACCUCUUGCCCCCGCCCUGGGAGUCUGGCUGGAGCACCUCUCGAUCUCAGCAGCCUCGCCCCCAGGAGAACCCUGCCGAGAGGUCGCCGUCUCACGACUGCAGCCAGAGCAUCCACGGGUGCUGCCCCGAUGGCCACACCGCGGCUCCUGGCCCCUCAGGGCGCGGCUGUCCCAGAGUCUCCUGUCAGCAGAGCAGGUAUGGAUGCUGCCCUGAUGGGGUCUCAUCAGCAACGGGCCCGAACCUUGCAGGUUGCCCACUGUCGGGGAGCAGACAUGGACCCAGAGCAGCUUCCUCUACGGCGGAGCAAACUGAGUCUCAGCCAAACCCAUCCAUGGAGUGCCGAGGAUCCCAGUAUGGCUGCUGCUAUGACAAUGUGGCUUCCAGUGCAGGCCCCCAGGGAGAAGGCUGCAGAGGCAGACCCAAUUACCCCUACCCACUCAGGUGCCUGCUACCCAGUGCACAUGGCUCCUGUGGGGACUGGACUCCUCGCUGGUACUUCAUUCCCUCUGUGGGCAAGUGCAACCGUUUCUGGUAUGGUGGCUGCCAUGGCAACAGGAAUAAUUUCCUCUCUGAGGAGGAGUGCAUGAAAAACUGCCACGGGCAAGCUGAGGAGAGGGCUGCAGGACCCCCGACUCACGGAGCAGAGCACGGAUGGGCUUCUCCCUCCCACAGGGAGGCAGACACUCCCUUGGAGCCCAGCCGGCCCCAGCAAGGGCAUUCUGGUUAUAACCAAGGCCGAGGCACUGGGGACUACCACGAGGCUCCUUACCAUGGCCAAUCAUCCAGAAAUGAAGAGCAGAGGAGGCGUGGGCAUGUGGACCACCCAGAGGCAUCCCAGGGAGGGCCUUCCCUUUCACGUGGCGCUUCAAGGCUAGAGCAAGGCAGGCAGUACCCGAGGCAAGAUGAGACUCAACUGCCCAGGAUCUCUGAGCAGGAACCCUUGAAGAACCAACAUAUGGGACACCAGAACCGAGAGGUCAGGCCAAGUGCAUUUGUGCCGGGAGAAGACAUUAGGCAGCCUACUCCACACUUACAGGUUCCUUCUCACAGGAUUGUCUUGGACAAGACAGAAUAUUCUGGGGUUCAGGUCACCUUGGGGCAGAUGGUUCGGUUCUUCUGUGUGGCAGGUGCCAGCCCUCAUGUGAAAUGGCAGAAAAAUGGGGAGCCAGUCAGAUCAUCAGAUAGGCACCAUCUGCGGUCAGAUGGUUCCUUGAUCAUCAGUUCAGUGAGCGAAGAAGAUGCUGGAACCUACACCUGCAGCAGUCCUACUGGGGAUGAGAACGGCAGUCGUCAUGUUCAACUCUGGAUCACAGGGGAUGACAGAGCAGCACCUGCAGAAGCUGAGAGGAAUCUCCCUCAGAUCCAUGGCCACAGACGCCCGGAUUUGGGCCUCGAGAGAGGGGGACAGGGUCAGAGACCCAAUUCCCACAGGUACCAUCAGCCAGGAACCAGUUUGAGUUUUGAUAAGAGCCAGCCAGGAGUGGUAGAUGCCAGUGUGGGCCAGAGAGUCCAACUUCCCUGUCGAACGUAUGGCUACCCUCCCCCUGUCAUUGAAUGGCAGAAGGAUGGACAGCCUCCCUCUUCCCCAAGACACCAACAGCAGCCAGAUGGCUCCCUGGUCAUCAGCCGCGCUGCCGUGGAGGAUAGUGGCUUCUACACUUGCAUUGCUUUCAACGGACGAGAAAGAGACCAGCGCUGGGUCCAGCUCAGAAUUCUGGGGGAGCUGAAGAUUAUAGGACUACAACCCACCAUUUCAGUACCUGAGGGAGAAGACACCCAGCUCCAUUGUGUGGUGAUAGGAGACAAUGUAAAUGUGAGAUGGUCCAGGAAUGGGGUGCCUAUGCGAGGUGAUGGCCACCGCAUCCAUCUGGCCCAGGAUGGAACCUUGGUGAUUAACAACACACAAGCCCGUGAUGAAGGGUCCUAUACCUGCAGUGCCUAUAGUGAGACUCAGGCGAUCAGCCGCAGUACGGAAGUGAAGGUGAUCCGUUCUAGGCCUUCAGAAGCUGUGGAGCAGCCAAGGGACUUUGCCAGGGAAUGCAUCGACCAGCCGGAGCUCGCCAACUGUGAUUUGAUCUUGCAAGCCCAGCUUUGUGGCAAUGACUACUACUCUAGCUUUUGUUGUGCCAGCUGUUCCCGCUACCAGCCCCAUGCCCGUCCUGUUUGGCAACAAGGAUGAAAGCUAUCUCUUGCCCUAGAUCCCCAAACCUGUAGCUGGGGAGAGGGAAGACACGUCAACUGGAAGGGGGUGGGCAGAAGAUAAAACACAACUGUCUGUUCUGCAGCAAACUAGCAUUUUCAAAAACCCAUCAGUUGGAAAGCUACUGUAGUAGCAGCAGUAGCAGGGAUAAGGUCCUGCCCUAAUCACCUGUGCCUGCUUUGUUUGCUCUUCAGACACAAGAAGAAGUCAUUUUAUAAUGAGACUGCUUAGAUGAAAAUGGAAGCCUGCUAUUUCCCAUAGCAAGCUCUAGGGGAGAGGAUUAUUACAUUCUUAUUAUAUAUUUUUUUUGAAGAAAAUUUCUGCUAUUCCCAAUGUCUUGCAUUACUAAUGUUAGCUAAACGGACGUUGAGGUGUGGUCCAUCUGAGUACAUGACUUCCUUGUUUGUAUAAGGGUCAACAAUUCUGCUGCAUCCAAGUCUGACUUUUCUUUGGGGCCAAGUCUGAUGUUUUCACAGCUCUAAUGUUCAGUCUAGAUGACUUCUGGUAUCUCAUAAACUCACCUUAAAACUUUCUCUGGAGGGAUAGGGUGUGGGGCUGCUUCUCUCAUCUGCAACAUGGACUUUGUAACCUUGAUCAUUUUGCCCCUGCCUUUUCUCUUGAUGGCUCACACAGAUCCAUGUUAAACCCAAAGCUAUCCUAUACCCUAAGAAUGCUGAGAAGAACAGCACUAAAUAAAGCAGAAAUCUCCAAGUACCUGUGUUCUGAACACUGAACACAAUUAAUAGUAAGAAUACCAAGUGUGUAUAUAUGGUUGUUAACAGAAAAAGGAAUACAAUCGCCACAGCUAAUCCAUAUGGCUAAUUUCCAAUAAGAUAGAUUGGCAGAGCACCUGUAAUCUUGUCGACAAGUGGAGACAAAAACCCUAGAUAUGAUAUGUCUAAAAAAAAGUCAGUUCUCAUCUUCCGACAAUGUCAUAGCUGGUUGGAAAUGGAACCAAAUGCCUCAUUCUCAUUCUAUCUUUCUUCUGGCAUUCCAGGAAGAACACAUGAUCUGCAGAGAUGAUUUACAUACUUUAAAAAAUUAGCUAUUGGGGCUAUAUUAUCAGAGUUUCUUUUUACUUAUUACAGAUUCUAUAGAAAUUGGAAAAUAAAAUACAUUUUCUUACA